AUGGCACGGCGUCCAUUUGUUUAUUGGGCACAGAACGAAAGAUUACUUUUCUUAACGAUUGAUUUAAAAGAUUCAUCGGAUGCCUAUUAUACUAUAGCAGGCAAUGCAUUUGAGUUUAGUGCCACUGGAGUCGGUGCACAUGGUCGAUGUGAAUAUUCCUUUAAUUUGCCGUUAUUUGCAGAAGUAGAGAUGGAAAAGAUUGGUCAGGAAAAUGGAAGCAAAUUGUUUUAUGUUUUGAAGAAGAAGGAUGCUAUAUGGUGGCCUACUGUUUUGAAAGAUAGUAGUCGAUAUUCUUGGCUUCGAAUCGAUUUUGAUCGAUUCGAAGAUCCAGAUCAAAGUGAAACAGAAGAUUAUGAAAUGAUAAAUAUGAAUGCGCGCACACCGGAAGCGGAGAUGGAUGCCAUAACACAGCGCAUUUUCAAAGAAUGCCGCACUAAGCCAAAAACAGAAACAGAAUUUAUCAAUGAAGAGUAUUACAGCUCAUUCUGGCAAAAUAAUGCUAACAUUAUAAAAAUUGCAACAGCUUUACAGCUAAUUGACGUUGCACAUGCACUGAUCGGUUUCACAAAAGGUAGUUACCGAGUCGGGCUUGUGCAGGUUUGUGGACGUUUAGCAAUCAUAUAUAUUAUUGAUGGCUGUCCAGAUGUGCAAAAUUCAUUGACCACUUUUCUUUUAAUGAUCGCUUAUUUUUCGAUUGAAAUUUUCCGAUAUCCAUAUUAUGCGGCCAGCAGUUUGAAAAUUGAAAUUUCAUUACUUACGUGGUUACGGUACAAUGCAUGGCUGUUGCUUUAUCCGGUUGGCUUAUUUCUUGAAGAUGUCAUAGGUGAAAGCAUUUGA